AUGCAACAAGAGCCUCUCGAAAAUACAGAACAUUUGAUCCACCGAGACAACCCUUGUAAAACCUCAAUCUCCCAGCAUGGCCCCCUUAACCAUGACCCGCGUGGCUUUCUCCGAGUCUCUGGAAGAGACUCAAACGGCACUGAACCGGGCUCUGCACCGGCACUCCGCUAUGCCUCUGGUCAUGACGUCGAUGCCGACCUACUCGAUGAGGAGCUACGUCGACUGAGUUUGGGUCAUCGCUCGACUCUUCGACCUUCAGCUCCUGGCCAGCGCAUCUCCGAGUACGAAAAUGCAAUGACCCCACCUACUCCAAAGAAGGCACUGGGCUUCAAAGUCAUCAAGCGCUCCGAAACCCCCUCUGAUGGUGUGCAGCUUGAAGACUUCCCAAACGAGAUCUUGACACAUAUCCUUUCGCAUCUUCACUCCGACUCGCACGCCACAAUCGCUCUCGUCUCCAAACGCUUUUAUGCGCUCAUCACCAGUUCCCAUGCUUGGCGCAUGGCCUUCCUACGAUUCUUCCCAGGCCAUGAAGCUCUCGAGAUCAAGAAAAAUGUGGACAUGUGGGCUCACAGCUCGCACGACCUGAUACAGUCUGAAUCUCGUUAUUUCACUCGUCUUACCCCCAUGGCGUCAUGGAGAAAGGAAUACCUUCUGCGCACCCGCUUGAUUAGAAGUCUGGCGCGCGGCAAACCAGGCGCACCCUUUGCCUCUGGGGGUAUCGGUGCAUCUGUUCGUACCGGGAAGAAAACUAGUGCUGUGUUGACGUAUAAUUCCAAGCUACCAUGGGCUGUUACAAAUAUUCACGCUGUCUUCACAAACGGAAAGAAACCACCGAAAGCUAUCCACGGAGCUGCCGAUCUGGGAGUAGCUUCAGUCAGUGAUCCUACCAACGGAAGGGUUGAGAAAUGGGGAUUCGUUGAUCCUUUCAGCUCAAUGCAACUUGAUGAGGUGUUCCCCAACCUUGUUCCCUUUGGCUUGGGGGAGGGUCCUACAGCAACUCCUAAUGUCCUUGAUGUAAGCCAGCCAUAUGGCGUCCUUGCAGGUGAAGGAUUUCCGGGCGGUCGUCCCUACUACCGUCCUGUUAAUGAGAACCGUGGACGAUAUCUUGGUGCGGACUCUGGCGUCGUCGACACCUACCCUGAUAUCCCUAAGAUACCCGAAAUGUCCGAAGCAAUAUGCAGUGUAUGGUUGGCCAAAUCGUCGAAUGUGCCAACAAAUACCCAGUCAAUGAUUGGGAUGCUGACUGGCUCUACCCUUGGUGUCGUCACUUCAUACACCCUGGGAACCGACUCUGGACCGCAGCGAUACCAACCUGGAGAAGUUACUGCGCGUUGGGUGCUUAGUCCUGGCGUUCCAAUUAUCUCUCUCAAGGUUGACGACAACUAUAGCCAGAAGCGCAAGUCUUCAGCCAGGGUAUGGAUAGUGGCGCUCAAUGCUCUGGGCGAAGUAUUCUAUCUGACUGAAACACCCACUGCACAAAACGCAACCAAGAGCGAAGAUAUUACAAAAAACGCUUGGUUCGCUGGGCGUUCGGUUUACUGGCAUCUAUUGGACUCCACUCGACGCGUUGCUCGACCAGAUGAUUCAGACAAGAACGCCAUCAAAGGGGCUUACUCACCCCGGUCGCCUUCCAAUUCUAUGAGCCUAAGUAAGAGUCAGUUGGCUGCUGAGGCACGAGAAAUUGAAAAGUUCUUGCGCCAAAAGCCCGCACAUUUCCGAAGGGUUUGCGAAGGAUGGGAUAUGCAGCGCAAGCUGGAGGUCGAUUUUGCCAAUGAUGACGGCCAUGGUGCUGGUGAAAACAUAUUUGUCAUCGACUGUGGACUAGCCGAAAACCGCCCUGCACAUAUCCAGCGAUACACUCGAUCUGUAGUUCCUCAAGAUGCACAAUCGUCAUCAGCCGUGCUGGCUCCCAUGCCUCCUGAUGUCUCCGUUAGUGUCCAGCCGUCACUAUUCGGGACUACUGCGGCAGAGGUAUCACAGGGACCCGAUGGGAAGAUAUGCCAAUCCGUCACAUCUACUUCAAUGUCAUCACUGGAUGUCAUGUCCCAUCUGCAUGAGUGGGAGAGUUGCUCCUUCAGGCUGAAGGGUCAAAGUCAUGCAGUGAUCACUAGUGCCUCGAUGGAUCAAUCUAGCACGUCAGUCCUGACACUCAAUGAAGAUCCUCUUCACUCGGCUGAGGAAGAGAUUCCAGGCCGCAGAUCUCGAUUGCUUGCUGUCGGCACAGACGACGGGGCUGUACUUGUCUGGAACGCUCGCGAGGAUGCUAAGGCUACGGGCAUCAGUCCGGUGCGACAAAUCCAGACUGACUCCCCAGAAGUGUCUUGCGUGGCACUCUCGGCUAUGUAUGUUGUCCAUGGCGGUAGUGAUGGACUGGUACAAGCAUGGGACCCCUUGGCAUCAACAUUGGAUCCCGUUCGAACUCUCAACGCAAGGUCAAAUGGACGAGUGCCUCGACACAUGGUCACAAUGAACCCAACUCUUGACGAGUCGACUUACUCAGCAGUUGGUGCUAUUUGUCUUGAUCCUGAUCCAACCGUCCUUCGUGGGGUCGUUUCAUUCGGUGCUUUUCUGAGAUACUGGGCGUAUAGCUCUGCUAGUCACGCUUCAGGACGCAAGCGUCGGCUUAGACACUCUGAUGUUCAUGGCCGUCUGCCCAGUCGUCGUCAAGGCUGUGCAGUCAUUGAUUUCAUCGCUGCUGAGGAGGCUGAAAUCAAGAGGGAGAACGAGCAAAAGGCCCGAGAACAGAACCGCCUGCGCAAUCGCUUUGGUGUCGGCGCGCUCGGCGACCUGACUGAAGAAGAGGCAUUGCGGUAUGCGCAGAUGGUCUCUGAGGAAGCCUUCCUUUUCGAGGAACAACGUCGGACAAGCGACUCCGCUGCCGAUGCCAGCCUGGAUACUGCCUCGACAUUCAGUGAGACCACUACUGUUGAUACCGUCACCCCUGACCCAAGUGUCUCAGACAUGGUAACUCCCCCGUCUGCCUCCACGGAUAAGGUUGAGUUAGUACCUGUCGAGGACGACUAUGAACAACAGAUUCAACAGGCGAUCCGCCUUUCUCUGAUGGAAGGCAUCAAUGAUAACCCCCCAUCACCCCACGCAGCGAGCUCCGGCGAUUACGAAUUCUCCCUGACAUACAAACCCAAGUCUGGCAGGAAGAACAAGCCAUCUGGAACUGUGUCGCCUGGAUCUUCCAAGGUGGGGUCGUCAAACAAUAUCGAGUCUAGGGACUAUGACCUUGAACUUGCUCUGAAGCUGAGCAUGCAGGAGCAGGGUCUGUCAACGUUUGACUCAUCGUCGGACGUUCAACGCGAUGAGUUCCCAGCGCUGGAAACCGAGGGCGUCGGUAAAGGGAAAGGGGUACAGAGGUGGUAG